AUGCUGCAGCCGAAGGUGCUGCAGCCGAAGGUGCUGCAGCAGAACGGCUUGGAGCAGGUGCUGCAGGAGGCGCCGCAGCAGAAUGCGCUGCAGCAGAAGGUGCUGCAGCAAACGAUGCUGCAGCGGAACGCCAUGGACCAGCCGCCAGAGUGCCACUGCGCAGGAGGUGCUGCAGCAGAAGGCAGUGGAGCAGCAGAACCUGCACCAGAGCCCCACCUGGCAGUAGAAGGCAAUGGAGCAGCAGAUGCUGCAUCAUAG